UAGAGACUACAGCGGCGUACCCCGCGCCAUUGUCGGCCUCCAACUGAAGAGCUGACUUGAAACGUUUGGAUAGAUGCUCACGCUCCAUCGUGUGGCCACCGCGCGGAACGCUCUCUCGGAUCAAGAGACUGACGGCAGUCUCCGCCACCACAAUAUAAUGGCCGCCGGCACCGUGUUUUCGCAGUUGUGCAGCAGAUGUAGACGGCGUUACGUAGCAGAGAUGACCCCAAGAUGGAGAAUACUGGUGCUAAUUAUCUGCGGGCUGACCACCCAUCACACUGCAGACGCCCAGCCAGAUGUGACGUUGGUGAACGAGUAUCCGUGCAUCGACUUUUUCUCGGGACCGACCUACUUGAAAUGCGUGACUGAACACCCCCCGCAGAGAAUUUCAUUCGGAAGGGAGACGAACAUCGGCCUGAAUUAUGAACGUUUCAACGACGACCUUUGGGCAACACGAGAGUCCAUCUUCCCACAGACGUACUGGCCAGGGUCCAUGUUCACCCUGGUACGGAUCGCCCAGGACUUCAGGAUCGGCUCCUUUUUCACCGAGCUACAGCUGGACGACGGGGGGACGUUUAGAAUUCUAACCGUCAAAAUGUCCAAAUAUGCUCCCAUCAAGCCCAUCACGAUAUAUAGCACAAUUGUCAUUGCUACCUUGUCUCCUACAGCCUGUCCGGACGGAAAGUGGGGCACUGCCUGUGAGGAGGACUGCCAAAAGUGCUACAACGGCGGCAUUUGUGACCCGGAGAACGGAAAAUGCAUCUGUGCUAUUGGCUUCUCGGGACCCACCUGCGAAAGACCAUGUGGGGCCAGAAAGUUUGGACAGUCCUGCCAACACCAGUGCAACCGACCAAACUUCAACAUCGAUGGCGACGACGCCUGCAAGUCUUAUGUUUUCUGCUUACCGGAUCCUUACGGGUGCAGCUGUAACACGGGCUUCAAGGGGCUCGACUGUACGGAGGCUUGCCAAGACGGCACGUUUGGAGCAGGGUGUAUCGAGACGUGUCACUGCUUACAUGGCGUGCCCUGCAACCGCUUCACUGGAGCUUGUCCGGAUCAAUGCGCGGAGGGCUGGACCGAAGGACCAUUCUGUCAACACGAAUGUGACCCAGGAAAGUUUGGUGUGGACUGUGAGAAGACCUGUCACUGUCUGCAUGACGUACCUUGUGACCGGUUCAACGGCAGCUGUCCAGGCGCAUGCGCACCAGGGUGGACCGGACCAGCCUGUCAGGGGCGGGACUUUUGCGUGUCAAACCCGUGUCAAAAUGGCGGCACGUGUGUGAACCGUGAACACGGCUACAGCUGCAACUGUACUUCCUGGCACGUGGGGAAGCACUGCGAGAUCUUGCGAGAUGUCUGUAACCCCAACCCCUGUCGAAAUGGAGGAACCUGCGAGAUUUUACAAGAGGAAGAGUCGUCCGGCCGCGGGGUGGAGAACGAUGACGAGCACAAAUGUCACUGCAUCACAGGGUACUACGGCCUGUACUGCGAACGAGUGGACCACUGUGAGCCGGACAACCCGUGCCUACACGGCGGGACCUGCACCACUGACUGGCGGUCCUAUGUCUGCCACUGUCCGGCAGGAUUCGCUGGGGUCAACUGCGCAGAUGAGAACCCCACUGAGGAGAAAGAGUCCUUCCUGUCCACCCUGGGGCCCCUGCUAGCCGGCGCUGCGGUCACAGCCGUGGUGGUGGGCGCGGGGACGUCGGGAGUUUGCUACUUCCUGAAGAAGAAGAACGUAAUCGCUCCGAAGGCUGCCCCUACAACAACUACUCCCGCUCCGAGACCACUCAGACAGAGUCUGAGGUUAAAAAUGAACGCGAGAAUGAACAGGCUAGAAUAUGACUACGAGUACACAUGAGCACCGGGAAAUUGCACACAUAUUGUGCUUUUGGAUUGUAUUAUUUAUUGUACAGAUUGUGGAUGAACUGUUGACUAUUAUCUAUGCAUAUUCUUUCGUACUAUUUGUUACUUUCUCUGUAAAUGUUUCGUAUGAAAGAGUAAUCUGUCUAGACAUAGCCUUUCUACCCCGUUUGUAAAUAUGAUUGGUCAUUACAACUAUUACAUCAUUCCCUAACCUACCAGGCAUUACAAGACUGUGUCUCUUUGGAGCGAGGUUUCAGAACCUUUGUGACCCUGCAGGGGAUACAAUGUUAUAAUGGUUACUCCGACUUUGGUAGAUGACGCAACAGUUUCCUUCAACAAACAUAACAUGUAAAAGACGAGUCUUUGCGAACAGUCACGUAAAGAUCAUUUUCAGUACCGCUCUAUCAUUUUAUACACUGUAUAACCCUGCAUGUACUGUACAUUUUGUUUAUAUAAUAGUCAUAGAUUAAAACAGAAUAGGAAAUGUAUGGUGAGAUAAAACUAAAACUAACAUGGGAUAGUACUUUGCACGCUUUUGUAAACGAGUACGGAGGCAUUGGUGUUUUGUCAACUUGGUGCACAUGUUAUCACCAGGAAGUGUAAAUAGCUGUAAAUAAACGUUCUACUAAACAGAUAGUUGAGUUUCAAACAACCUACUGAUACAUUGCAACUGAUGAUCAUGGGAAAAUUAAACACAGUCAUGGAAU